AUGGCCGACCCUGAGACGUAUGAGACUGCGAGUUCAAAACAAAUGGCUAACAUACUGAGGAAGUUGAACAUGGAAAGUAAAAUUGAUUUAUUUCGAAACGAAAAGAUAUCUGCCGACAUUGUUUAUCAUUUAUCGUCAGCUGAUUUAGAGGCGCUUGGUGUAUCGAACCGCACUGAUAUGAUGUCACUACGAAUGGAAUGUGUUAAAUACGGAGGACAGCAACCAAAACAAAGUUCAGAUGAAUUACGAAGUGGUCCGCCAUCAUUUUUCAUUCCCAAAUCGGUGCUCAAAACACAUCUUGAAGAGAAUUUCACAAUUUCUGAAAUUGCAUUAAUGCUUGACGUUUCGGAAAGUACAAUAUAUCGAUGAAUGCGAAUGUAUGAUCUCAGCAAACUAGAUUUCACCCCUAUUUCUGAAGAAGACCUAGAUCGCCAUGUACUUGAAAUAGCAAAGCAGUUUCCACAAUCAGGAGAAAACAUGGUGAAGGGCAUCCUUUUACAAAGAGGCAUCAAGGUGCAGAGAAUGAAACUCAGGGACAGUUUGCACAGAGUUGACGAAGAAGGUAUCCAGAGACGGAGGGUAGGUCGCUUGACAAGAAGAGUGUACGCUGUGCGAGGACCAAAUCAUCUCUGGCAUGUGGACACAAACCACAAGCUGGUAAGAUGGCAUUUUAUCAUUGUUGGUGGAGUGGAUGGUUACAGCCGUCUUCCUGUAAUGUUAAAAUGCACUGAUAAUAACAAAGCAGAUACUUUGUUACACUGGUUCAUUACAGCAGUAAACCAAUAUGGCCUACCAAGCAGGGUUCGGUCCGAUAAAGGAGGCGAGAAUGUUGCAAUAGCGGAUUACAUGAUAUCCAGAAGAGGUACUCAACGAGGCAGUAUGAUAACUGGUAAAAGUACUCACAACCAGAGAGUAGAAAGAUUAUGGAGGGACAUAUAUGAAGGAGUACUUGGUUUAUAUUACAGGUUGUUUUAUUUCAUGGAAGAUCAGCAUAUCUUAAAUCCUUUGAAUGAUAUCCACCUAGCAGCACUGCAUCAUGUCUUCUUACCAAAGAUUAACAAUCAGUUGGAAGUGUGGAAACAAGCAUGGUCAACACAUAGAAUGCGCACUACCAGGUCAAGUCCUCUGCGAAUGUGGGUAGCAGGCCAGUUACAAAAUCCAAUGGGCAUUGAACUUACUAUUGAUGAAAUUGACAAUUAUGGUGUUGAUGGAAAUAUUGACGAUAGCGCAGUAGAUAACGAAAGGCCAAUUUUCUACCCUCCGUCUUUUGUGGUUCCAGAAGCCUGUCAACACAUCCUCGACAAUGAAGCACCUGCAACAGGGAGUUCUACAAAUUUCGGUAUUGACAUAUACUUAAGAGCUCUUAACAUUAUCCAGAACCUUUUACAUUAG